GCACAAUAACUAGCUGACUUGUCCUCGUUGUUUUGGUCGUUGCGGGUCAUGUGACUGUAACGUCAUGAGAAGACAGCUGACGACAUGGCGGCUGAUUUCACUCUCCAGGUUUACUUUGAACACGAGGGCGUUUUUAUUCAUACGGGCAGCGAGGAAGACGGUCUUGAUCCGGACUUGCUUGUCUCCGGGGCCUUAAGGAUUAUUGAUAAGGAUGGGGAUGUCAUGGUGGAGUUCAGACCUUCAGAAGAAACAGGUGACCCAUCAACUAUGCUGUGUGCUGGAAAGGACACCAGCUCAGUGGUGCAGUGGUCUCAGAGUCCUGGACAAAGUCCCCCGCAGCUGCUGGAGACUCAGCUGAGCUAUGAAACAGAGUGGGAUCUGAUCAAUGCCGUGUCUUUUCGGAAAAAGCCCACCACCAAUGGAGAUGUAGCUGUGGCCCACUGUCAGGAAAGGAGCCGAUGGGCGUUCUCCUCUCAUGUCGCUGACCUCCGGAGCAUCUCAGUGAACGAAGAUGGGUGGGCGGUUUUGGUCAUCACACUGAAGGAGUCUAUUCGUUUGCCGCCUCUACACUUUCACCAGGGCGGCAGCCGGUCGUUCCUCGACACCCUCAGGAAAUUCGCUGUGCUUAGCGAGUCUCCUGAAGACUCAAAGUGUCUCCUGGUCAGCACUCCAAACAAAGUUCUGUCACAGUCCUUUGAGAACUUACUGGAUGACAACAACUAUGGCCUUGUUCAGAAGCUGAAGAAGGACCCAUACGUCACAGCGUUCGGUGGCUUCUCCAAAGUCACCAAUUACAUCUAUGAUGCCUUACGGGGAAGCGAGGAACAGCACCAGCGCCCCCCAGAGGAGGUGGCGGACAUCAUGGGAGAAAUCAUUCCAGGGCUUGAGAUCAACCAACAGGAGGAACCUGGCUUUGAAGUCAUCACCAGAAUCGACUUGGGUGUGCGGCCUCAGGUGACGCGGGAAGCGGCGCUCUCUGCUGAGGAGUGGACCAAAUAUCAAGAUGCAGAGGGGCGCAUCAUGAACACCAGUGACCUCAAACAUCAUAUCUUCAAGGGGGGACUCUGUCACGCUGUUAGGAGAGAGGCGUGGAAGUUUCUGCUGGGAUACUUUCCCUGGGACAGCACGCUGGAGGAGAGGCGGGAGCUGCAGAAAAGCAAAACUGACGAGUAUUUCCGGAUGAAGCUUCAGUGGAAGUCGGUUAGCGAGGAACAAGAGAGGAGGAACUCCAGACUCAGAGACUACAGGAGUUUAAUCGAGAAGGAUGUGAACCGGACAGACAGAACCAACCACUUCUACGAGGGACUCAACAACCCCGGUCUGGGUCUUCUGCACGACGUCCUCAUGACGUACUGCAUGUUCGACUUCGACUUGGGUUACGUCCAGGGCAUGAGCGACCUGCUCUCUCCCAUCCUCUAUGUGAUGGAGAACGAAGUGGAUGCUUUCUGGUGCUUUGUCGCCUUCAUGGACCAAAUGCACCAGAACUUUGAGGAACAGAUGCAGGGAAUGAAGACUCAGCUGAUCCAUCUCAGCACGCUUCUUAGGCUGCUAGAUUUGUCCUUCUGGAACUACCUGGAGUCUCAAGACUCGGAUUAUUUGUACUUCUGCUUCCGCUGGUUACUGAUCCGCUUCAAGAGGGAACUCAGUUUCCAGGAUGUGAUGAGACUCUGGGAGGUGAUGUGGACCGGUCUUCCCUGUGAGAAUUUUCACCUCCUGCUCUGCUGUGCUAUUCUGGACUCUGAGAAGCAGAAGAUCAUGGAGGAGAAAUAUGGCUUCAACGAAAUUCUCAAACACAUCAAUGAUCUUGCGAUGAAGCUGGACAUGGAGGAGAUUUUGAAGAAGGCUGAGGGGAUCUGUCUUCAGAUGAAGACGUGUAAGGAUUUGCCCAGGUCCAUCGCCAACAUCCUAGGCUUUGACUCAGGCAUGACCUCAGAUGAUGCAGCGUGUUCUGGACCAGUAGCGGGACAGACAACUCGAGCGGUCACAUGCUCAAACGGACACUCAGAAGAAAAUGGAUCUCACAGCAGCUGCCGAGUUCCCAUCUCCUAGUCCAGACCUCAGCACUCGCGCUCUUCCCAUUCGUGUAGAAGUGCUGGCGCCAUCUACAUUUGAAACACAAGAAAUGCUGGUGACGCAUUUCCGGCCGCUGCUUCUCGUGUUUGAAUGCUUGUUGGUUUCGCUGACCCACUUCUUGGAAGCUGUUGGUCCAGACCUGAAGAGAAAAAUGUAAAAAUAUUUUGAAAAAAAAGUCAGAUUCUUAUUUUUGUAACUCAUGAAAAUGUGUGCUUAUGAACGAAGUCACUUUUUGCUGUUUGCUCAACAGUAACACUUAUAACAACCCAUCACGGACAACACAACAGUAACAGGUUUGAAAUGGUCAUAAAAUAUUUGAUGUGAAAUAAAGUCAAAUUA